UCUAUAUAUGCGACCAUCAGACGCUCUUGAUUUAUGUGCAAAGAAAUUAAGUGUUCUUGAUUCGUUCAGCACUUGGCCGGUCGCACCACUGAUUUAGCUGGCAACAUUACCUUGGCCUGUUAUUUUCUUUUUUCUUUCUUUCGAGAAAGUUCGAUUGUUGUUUUCCAUUGCACACACUUGCAAAUUGAAGCUGCGCCGUAGCAAGCAUGCAGCAGAAGGAGGCCGCCGGCGCCGAGGACAUCGUCAUCGUGGGCGCCGGCAUCGCCGGCCUCGCGGUGGCUCUCGGGCUACACAGGAAAGGAGUGCGGAGCUUGGUGCUGGAGUCGUCGCCGUCGCUGCGGGCGUCGGGGUUCGCGUUCACGACGUGGAAGAACGCCUUCCGGGCGCUUGACGUCCUCGGGGUGGGCGACAAGAUCAGGAAGCAGCACCUGCAGGCUCAGGCGUUGCGUGUCAUCUCCUCGUCUACUGGGGAAAUCGCACAAGAACUGGACCUCACGGUGCAGGGGAAACGAGGACCCCACGAAAUCCGUUGCGUCAGGCGGGACUUGCUGCUGCAGGCCUUGGAGGAAGAGCUACCGAGAGGCACCAUCCGCUACUCCUCCAAGAUUGUGUCGAUCGAGGAGGACGGCAACGUCAAGGUCCUACAGCUAGCUGAUGGCUCAGUUCUGCGAGCGAAGGUACUGAUCGGAUGCGAGGGGAUCAACUCCGUGGUGGCGAAAUGGCUGGGGCUCGCGAAGCCGUCCUACUCGGGGCGCUCGGCGACCAGAGGCCUCGCGCAUUACCCGGACGGUCACGGCUUCGAGCCCAAGUUCCUGCAGUUCAUCGGGCACGGCUUCCGCUCCGGCAUGCUACCCUGCAACGAGACUGACAUCUACUGGUUCUUCACGUGGGCUCCUUCCGAAAACGGUCAGUCAUCCAUGGCGAUGUCCACAUGCCCACAGUUACAUGUACUUUACGACAACGGUGUCGACGAGAGUGCUGCCAAGAUGAAGCAAUUCGUACUAUCUAACCUCAGGGCUGGAAAGGUGCCGGCAGAGGCGCUGGCGGUGAUCGAGAGGAGCGAGAUGAGCGACGUCCUCGCCGCGCCAUUGCGGUUCCGGCCGCCGCUCUCGCUGGUAACCGCGAGCAUCAGCAAGGGCAACGUGUGCGUGGCGGGCGACGCGCUGCACCCGAUGACGCCGGAACUGGGCCAGGGCGGCUGCUCGGCGCUUGAGGACGGCGUCGUCCUGGCCAGGUGCCUUGGCGAAGCUGUUCUCGGCGAGGGCGCGAGGGUCGGCACGGAGAAGGAGCGGAUCGAGUCGGGCUUGCGCGAGUACGCCGGGAUCCGGCGGUGGAGGAGCAUCGAGCUCAUCGCAACUGCCUACGUGGUCGGCUUCGUACAGCAGAGUCACAAUGAGAUCAUAAGCUUUCUGAGAGACAAAUUCCUCUCUGGAGUGCUCGCACGGAGACUUAUGAAAAUGGCGGACUAUGACUGCGGCACGCUCUGAUGCUACCUAGCUGUUUUCUGCUUCUACGUGUGAAAUUCCAAGAAAUGUGUGAUCACUAGAUGGUGCAUUGCCGGAAUAUGCCAUACGGCUAGGUGCCAAUAUCAAAAUCAUAUAAUGUGUAGAAGAUUAGUUUCAAGCUAUUUACUGGUAUCUAUGUAUAUGUAAAACGCACAAUUGGUAAAAAUCAAGUGCCUAUGAUAAUCCCUGAACUAGGAAGGAAUUGUUGGGAUUUAAGUCA